GGGGUCUCUGCUGUCUCCGUGUCCAUGUGUGAUUCUUUCCGCCGCAGCAGCUUCCUGCAUCACUCACCUGUUCUCCCCAUAGACUGUAUAAAUAACCAGGUGAAAACAGCAGCAGUCUGCUCCAGUUAAACACACAGAGUUCCUGUUACAGCCACGUACAGGAAAACCAGCUGUAAUAUACAAACAGUCAGCCACCAUGACUCAUGCGUUUCCCUUCCUGAGUGCUGAGCAGAAGAAGGAGCUCAGCAGCAUUGCUCAGAGGAUCGUAGCUGCAGGGAAAGGAAUCCUGGCAGCUGAUGAAUCCACAGGCAGCAUGGCCAAACGGUUCCAGGGCAUCAACACGGAGAACACGGAGGAGAACCGGAGGUUCUACCGCCAGCUGCUCUUCACGGCAGACGAGCGGGUCAACCCCUGCAUCGGAGGAGUCAUCUUCUUCCACGAGACGCUCUACCAGAAGACAGACGACGGCAAGCCCUUCCCCCAGCUGGUCAAAGAGAAGGGCAUGGUGGUGGGCAUCAAGGUGGACAAGGGGGUCGUCCCCCUGGCCGGGACCAACGGAGAGACCACCACUCAAGGUCUGGACGGCCUCUACGAUCGUUGCUCUCAGUACAAGAAGGACGGAGCCGACUUCGCCAAGUGGAGAUGUGUGUUAAAGAUCAGCGACACCACGCCGUCAGAGCUCGCCAUCAUGGAGAACGCCAACGUGUUAGCUCGCUAUGCUAGCAUCUGUCAGAUGCAUGGCAUCGUUCCCAUCGUGGAGCCAGAGAUUCUCCCUGAUGGGGACCACGACCUGCAGCGCUGCCAGUACGUCACUGAGAAGGUGUUGGCGGCCGUCUACAAGGCUCUGUCUGUCCACCACGUCUACCUGGAGGGGACGCUGCUCAAACCCAACAUGGUGACCGCCGGACACUCCUGCCCUAAGAAGUACAGCCCUCAAGAGGUCGCCAUGGCAACCGUCACCGCCCUGCGCCGCACCGUGCCGCCCGCCGUGCCAGGUGUGACGUUCCUGUCAGGAGGUCAGAGUGAGGAGGAGGCCACCAUCCAUCUGAACGCCAUCAACCAGUGCCUCCUCCACCGGCCCUGGGCCCUCACCUUCUCCUACGGCCGGGCCCUGCAGGCCUCCGCCCUGAAGGCCUGGGGGGGCAAGAAGGAGAACGCCAAGGCCUGCCAGGAGGAGUACAUCAACAGAGCCCUGAAUAACAGCAAGGCAGCUCUGGGGAAGUACGAGUCCUCUGGGAAAGGAGCAGCAGCGCAGGAGUCCCUGUUCGUCCAGGACCACGCCUACUGACUCCUCCUGCUCCUCCUGACUCCUCCUGACUCCUCCUGAGUCCUCCUGACUCCUCCUGGCUCCUACUAACUCCUCCUGACUCCUCCUGACUCCUCCUGACUCCUCCUGGCUCCUCCUGACUCCUCCUGACUCCUCCUGGCUCCUACUAACUCCUCCUAACUCCUCCUGACUCCUCCUAAGUCCUCCUGACUCCUCCUAACUCCUACUAACUCCUCCUGACCAAGGUUAUUAUAGUUAACCAAAGCUAACGAAAUAAUGAAAACUAGAAUUGAAAAAACAUUUUCGUCAACUGAAAUAAAAAUAAAAACUAGAGUUUUUAAAAAACGAUAACUAACUGAAACUGUAUUUUGUGGUUACAAAACUAACUAAAACUAACUAAAAUUAUAGUGAAAAUGUCCUUAGUUUUUGUUUUUGUCAACUUUUUUCAUUCAUAAUUCAGUGUUUCUAUUUGAACAUGCAACACAUGGUGAAUAUGUUUACUGAGACUGGGAUGUUUACACUAGAACCAAAAUACAAAACAGUUAAUAACCUUAUUGGGGCUGAGAUGAUAAACCAAAGGAAAUAAAGGAAACAUUUAUUAUGACCUCUUUGAAUCACGCACCCAACACAUAGCCCAUUACAAUAAAACUAAAACUAACACUAAAACUAAUAAAAACUAAACUAAAACUAAGCAUUUUUUAAAAACUAUAAAACUAAACUAAAACUAGAAAACUCACUCUAAAAACUAACUAAAACUAACUGAAUUUGAAAACAAAAAUUCACAACGAAAUUAAAACUAAAACUAAUGAAAAAUCCAAAACUAUUAUAACCUUGCUCCUGACUCCUCCUAACUCCUCCUAACUCCUCCUGACUCCUCCUGACUCCUCCUAACUCCUCCUGACUCCUCCACUCCUCCAGUCAACAGAUGAACCAACCAGUUAUUCCUGUAGUGCUGAGAGCUAAAUGACUUCCUGGACAGAAACACAUUAUGAUCUGAGAAGACGACUACAUCUCCAUAAAUUAUAAAAAAAAAACCACUAAUUGACCACAAAAAGACACAAAAUGACAAAAAAAGACACAAAUUGACCGCUAAAAGAUAUAAAUUGACCACAAAAAGACACAAAUUGACUAAAAAAAAGACACAAAAUGACCGCAAAUAGACACAAAAUUACAAAAAAAGACAUAAAUUGACCACAAAAUGACAAAAAAAAAAACACUAAUUGACCACAAAAAGACACAAAAUGACAAAAAAAGACACAAAUUGACCGCUAAAAGAUAUAAAUUGACCACAAAAAGACACAAAUUGACAAAAAAAAAAGACACAAAAUGACCGCAAAUAGACCCAAAAUUACGAAAAAAGACAUAAAUUGACCACAAAAUGACAAAAAAAAAACACUAAUUGACCACAAAAAGACACAAAAUGACAAAAAAAGACACAAAUUGACCGCUAAAAGAUAUAAAUUGACCACAAAAAGACACAAAUUGACUAAAAAAAAGACACAAAAUGACCGCAAAUAGACACAAAAUUACAAAAAAAGACAUAAAUUGACCGCUAAAAGACAUAAAUUGACCACAAAAACCUUAAAAUUCCCGAGGACUUCUCUCCAUGUUCUCUCUUUCUGUUAUUGUGUCCAUCUAUGUGACUCAACACUUGUUUGACUUGAACUACUGGAAUGGACUUGUCAUCAUAUUCUGGUUUAUAGAGAAGCAGCUGUAUAAAACCCAUCAGAGAAGUAUAAAUACUCCAAUCGUCCCUUUGAGUUGGACUUUGACCUGUAAAGCCAUUAUUAGUAUUUAAUUAGUGCACUUGAAGCCAGAGAGACAGAAAGAGUUCCUCUAAACCAGCUGUUCUCAACCUUGGGGUCGGGACCCCAAUUGGGGUCGUGAGAUGAUUUCUGGGGGUCGCCAAAUCAUUUAGGAAGUCAGCUCUGUCUCCACUGUGUUAAAGUGUUCAUGUGUUUUAGUCUUUUGGGUCACUUAACGUCUUUUUUUUUUGUCAUUUCGUAUGUUUUUUGGUCAAUUUGUGUCUUUUUUGGUCAUUUUGUGUCUUUUUUUGAUCAUUUUGUGGUCAAUUUGUGUCUUUUUUUUGCCAUUUUGUGUCUUUUUUUGAUCAUUUUGUGGUCAAUUUGUGUCUUUUUUUUGCCAUUUUGUGUCUUUUUUUUGUCAUUUUGUUUAUUUUUUUUGGUUAUUUUGUGUCUUUUUUUUGACAAUUUGUGUCUUUUUGGUCAUUUUGUGUCUUUUUUUGAUCAUUUUGUGGUCAAUUUGUGUCUUUUUUUUGCCAUUUUGUGUCUUUUUUUUGUCAUUUUGUUUAUUUUUUUUGGUUAUUUUGUGUCUUUUUUUUGACAAUUUGUGUCUUUUUGGUCAUUUUGUGUCUUUUUUGGGGUCAUUUUGUGCCUUUUUUUGGUCAAUUUGUGUCUUUUUUUGGACAAUUUAUGUCUUUUUGGUCAUUUUGGGUCUUUUUUUGGGUCAUUUUGUGCCUUUUUUUGGUCAAUUUGUGUCUUUUUUUGGACAAUUUGUGUCUUUUUGGUCAUUUUGUGUCUUUUUUUGGGUCAUUUUGUGCCUUUUUUUGGUCAAUUUGUGUCUUUUUUGGACAAUUUGUGUCUUUUUGGUCAUUUUGUGUGUUUUUUCAUAAGUUUGUGUCCUUUUUCAUCAUUUUGUGGUCAAUUUGUGUCUUUUUUGGUCAUUUUGUUUCUUAUUUGGUCAUUUUGUUUCUUUUUUGGGUGAUCUGAACUGUGUGUGUGAGAUUGUGUUCAGUGAGUGGGGGUCACGGACAACAUGCAUGUUAAAUUGGGGGUCGCGACUCAAAAAGGUUGAGAACUACUGCAUUAGAGAGCUGAGGUCAGUUUAUGUUCCAUCUGCAGAUUAAUGAUUCAUUAUGUAGCUGGACCAACAGCUGGAGAGACGUAUGAUUCAUAAACAUUAUUAGUGUAAACACUGGAAAGAGAUUCAAAUUAAAAUAUUCCACAACUAA